AUGACCUCGAAUCAAAUCAACUUUCAGGGUAUAGUGGAUAAAACCAGCUCGGCGCAAGAAAACCCUCACCUCAAUAUCGUUAAAGAAAAAGCUCGGGCAGCAGUGAAGGAUCAUAUAUCGCUUAUUCAAGGAACUUUUCUCACUGGAAAAUAUCGCGAGGGACUAAGAUCGUCAUACAGAAACUUUGCCGAUUGUGACAAGAUAUUUACGCGGCUGGAGAAUCGGACGAAUCGACUCCAGCGAAACUUAAAAGCUUCGGAAAAGCAGGAAAAGAUCAUCUGCUCAGGACUCUCUGCCGUACCCACCAUUCAGGCAAAUAUCGCCGCUGCCCAAUCUCACUUCAAAUAA